CGCAGAACACUAUUACAGUAUACUUAAUAUAAUAAUUACAUUAUAAUAUUUAAAUAUGUUUAAGUUGGCUUUAAAGUUUUUUAGGAUAUAAAAAUUAACGUUUAAUUAAACAAUUUAAUGAAAAAUAUGCAACUGUAGUUAUUGUCUUAUAGAAACUUAUUCGUUAUUAUUAUAAAUAAUGCAAGUUUCAGAAAUAGAUAAUGUAAAGAUUUAUAAUCUUAGUGCCGGAAAAUCUCUUCCUGAUUGGUUAACAGAACAGAAAAGGAGGGCUCUUUUAAAGAAAAAUGUAGAUCUUCGUAGAAGAAUAGAGCUCAUCCAAGAAUUUGACAUGCCGGGGGUUAGUUCAAGUAUACGAGCAUCUAAAGAUGGACAAUAUAUUAUGGCUACUGGCAUUUAUAAACCAAGAUUAAAAUGUUUUGAUGUUAACAACUUAUCAUUAAAAUUUGAGAGAUGUUUGGAUUCUGAAGUUAUAACCUUUGAGAUUCUUAGUGAUGAUUACACAAAAAUAGUCUUUUUGCAAUGUGAUCGUUAUGUAGAGUUUCACGUGGGCCAUGGUCGACACUACAGACUCCGAGUACCACAUUUCGGAAGAGAUAUGACAUAUCAUCGACCUUCAUGUGAUCUUAUCGUUGUUGGUGCUUCAAAUGAAGUGUACAGAUUGAAUUUAGAGUUGGGACAAUUUUUGGCACCUUUUGUUACAAAAGCUACAGAGAUCAACUGUUGUAGUGUAAAUGAAGAACACGGCUUAUUAAUAUUUGGUAGUGAAGGUGGGCAUGUCGAAGCUUGGGACCCAAGGACGAAAUCGAGAGAGGGUGUUCUAGAUUGUGCUUUACAUUGUUCCGACGCAAAUUAUAGGAAUAGCAGUGUUCCUUCAAUAACUUCAUUAAAAUUUAAUGGACCUUUACAAAUGGGUGUGGGCACAUCUUCCGGGCAUGUGUUACUGUAUGAUGUUAGAUCAUCCAAACCCAUACUAGUGAAAGAUCAUAUGAAUGAAAUACCUAUUAAAUGUAUAGAGUUUCACAAACAAAUGGAUUAUGUUUAUUCCAUGGAUGCCCAUGUAGUAAAAAUAUGGGAUAGAAAUACAGGAAAACAAUACACUAAUAUUGAAUCAAAUGUUGAUUUCAAUGAUUUAUGUGUGAUUCCUAAUACUGGACUAUGUAUGAUGGCUGUGGAGGAUCAGAAAAUGCAGAUUCACUAUAUCCCUUCGUUAGGUCCUGCACCAAGAUGGUGUGCGUUCCUAGAUAAUUUGACUGAAGAGAUGGAGAGUUCCGCCUCGCAGACCGUCUACGAUGACUACAAGUUUGUUACGAGACAGGAGUUGGACUCUCUGGGGCUCGAUCACUUACUGGGAACAAACCUACUUCGAGCCUACAUGCAUGGUUAUUUCGUUGACGUCCGCCUGUACAAGCGAGCCAAGUCUAUUGCGGAUCCGUUCGCAUUCGAAGAAUAUAAGAAACGGAAGAUCAGAGAGAAAAUAGAACAAGAGCGGCCUUCGCGGAUCAAGAUCGACGACAGCCUGCCCAAAGUGAACCGAGAACUGGCGAGCCGGCUGCUGCACGGUGAAGCACCCAAGAAGAAACAGGCCGGGAACUUGCUCAAGGACGAUCGAUUCAAAGCGAUGUUUGAGAAUCCAGAUUUCGAAGUGGAUAAAGAUGCUGAGGAGUUCCGUCUGCUGAACCCGGUCCUUUCCAGACUGGACAAACGGAAAUCUAAACCGCAGCCGCAACAAGAAGAAGAGGUUGAACAAGAAGAGGAGAAGGACUCGGAUAUGGAAUUAUACAAUGAAUCAAGUAAUGAAAGUUCCGAUGAAGAUCGCACGUGGGUAAAAGAAGUGAAGAAACAGCACCGCAUUAUAAGAAAUAGAAAAACAGAUGACGAUCAAAACGAUGAUGACAAUAACAGUGAAAAGAUGUACGAGUUCCAAAACGCCCCUAAAACUGUUAAUAUUAAGAGUAUGACACAAGUGAGUAGGAAGAGUUUAGGAGAGAGAUUGAAUAGAGAAGGUACUGUAGUCAUCUCAGGGUCGGGAGGUAACAGGGAAAUGAAGUUUGUUAUGAAAGGCAAGAAGCAGAAUUUGGACAGCCAAAAGAAAAUGAAAAAGCAUUAUGAAGAAAGAAAGCAAUUAGUUAGAAGAACAGGAUUUUUAAAGAAACGUAAAUAAAUAAUGACUUUUUA